AUGAGCACCAAACCCAAGCCCGCCAGCACCUCUAUAGAGCUGCUCCCAGCCGAGCAGACCGAGCAGUCCGCACCAUCAGACCCAGAAAUUGCAAAGGCGGACAAGACGUCCACAAACGUCGCCAUCAUGGCCUGCGGCGCUGGCCUCUUCUCAGACGGAUAUCUGAAUGGAAUCAUUGGUGCCGUAAACACGAUUCUGGCUGUGGCCUGGCCGGAGCACUAUACGCCGGACAAGUCGAGGAUUGUGACUUCUAUUGGGUUCGCGGGGAUUGUGCUGGGCCAGCUGUCGUUUGGCUUUAUUGUGGACCGGUGGUCGAGGAAGAUGGGGAUGCUGAUCUCGAGUGGCUUCCUGGUGGUGUGCAGUAUCAUGUCGGCGACGGCAAUUGGAGUGACGCCCGGGCCGGUGGGGGUUAUCCAAGCACUGAUGGUAUGGCGCUUCUUCCUCGGCAUCGGCAUCGGCGGUGAAUACCCCUCGGGCUCCGUCGCCUGCGCCGAGUCCUCCGCCCAGCGCAAGAAAGGCCGUGAUUUCAUCUUUAUCAUCUUUACCAACACCCACAUCGGGCUCGGCCUCCAAUUCGCCGCCGUCAUGCCCGUGAUCCUCCUCGCCGCCUACGGCACCGAUCUGCACCGCGUCUGGCGCGUGGCCCUCGGCCUCGGCGCGCUCUUCCCCUUCCUCAUCUUCUUCAUCCGCCUGCUGAUCCCCGAGAACGAGCAGUCGCAGCAGCACGCGCUUCGCGACCGCACAGUCCCGUUCAGGGUGCUCAUGCGCUACUACUGGCGGCCGCUGCUGACGUGCAGCGGCGUGUGGUUCAUCUACAACCUGUCGUCGUUCUCGUUCUCGCUGUACAGCUCGUUCAUCGUCAAGACGGUGCUGGGCGAGACGUCGCUGCUGAAGGUGUUUGGGCUCACGGCGUGCAUUCAGCUGUUUCUGAUACCGGGGAGUGUGGCGGGGGCGUGGUUUAGUGAGCGCUUUGGGGCGCAGAGGGGGUUGGCGGCGGGGGUGUGGGCGCAGGCGGUUGUCGGCGGCGUGAUUGCGGCGGCGUGGAGCACGCUGAAGGGGAAUGCGGCGGGGCUGAUUGUGCUAUAUGGGCUCUUCAUCUCCCUCGGCGAAUUCGGGCCCGGCAACAACAUCGGGCUCCUCUCCGCAAAAUCGCCCGCCACCUGCGUGCGUGGCAAGUUCUACGGCAUCGCGGCGGCGUGCGGCAAGUGCGGUGGCUUCAUCGGCACCUACACCUUCAAUAUGGUGAUUGCGGCCUGCGGCGGAUUCGAGGGCGAUUGGGGCCUGCGGGCGCCGUUCAUCAUCACGGGGUGUUUGUGUAUUAUAGCCGGGUGUUUGGCGAUGUUUGCGCUGCCGAGGGAGCUGACGAAGGAGGCGAUUCAGGAGGAGGAUAAGAGGUUUGAGACGUAUUUGGAUUCGUUGUAG